UUUUUUAACCGAAAAAUUAGUUUCUUCUAAUAUGCAAAAAAAUAUAAAAAUCAAAAUAAAAGUAAAAAUGUUUGUUUAUUAUUUGAUAAUUUUGCCGUAUCGAAAAUUUUUGAAUCGUUCUUAUCGUUGUCGUCCGUUAUCAUCGAAUAUAUUAAAAAUUUAUAUAAGAAGUCGUUCGUAUCCAUCGUGGACGUCGUUUUUCCUCCCAUACAAAGAAGUUCAGGAUGAUUUUUAUAGCGAAAAAUAUUUUAAUAUCGAUGUUGACGGAAAUAAUUAUCAAAUUUUAAGAAUUGGUUGCUUUCCAUUUAUAAAAUUUCAUUGCACGAAGAAUUCGUUUAAAAAUUUAACUUUCGAGAAUUAUUUUUUCAAAUUUUUAACGGUUUUAAAUUUUGGGAUUCCAUGUUUAUUGUAUGGUAUAAUUGCAUUAUUUUUUAUAAAACAUACCGAAUAUAUUUUUGAAAAUAAAACAAAACGAAAGAUUUCAAUACAUUUUCUCAUAAAAGAAGAUCAUAAUUAA